UGGCGGGACUUGUUGGUAAAAAAACUGACAGCUGAGGACUUUAAUGCUGAGAGAUAUGUUCAAGACCUCAGCCACAGUAGUGUUGGGGAUUUGGAGUUGAGGCAACAAAGACAAAGGAUUCAGCAUUUGGCUGAAGAAACCAAUGCCCAACUCAAGAAGAAUGUGUAUAUGAAUUAUAUGCAGUUCAUAGAGACUGCCAAAGAAAUAUCAUACCUUGAAAGUGAGAUGUACCAACUCUCUCACCUCAUUACAGAGCAGAAAUCUCUCUUAACAUCCUUGCUAGAGCUAUCAGUUGCAGGAGAAAGAGGCCCAGGCAGUGCUGCUCAGGAGAUGAUAGAAGUAAAUCCACAAGAAGUGCGAAAAAAACGUGAACGUGAAAAUAGGAAAAAGUUGACUGGACUUUUGGAAAAAAUAGAAGGAUGUUCACAUGUGAUGGAGGUUGAGGAUCGUUACUUGGUAUAUGAUGGAGACUUAGUAGAGCUUAACCAAGAUGACUAUUCUGCAUUGCAAAGAAUUCAUUGUUAUCUACUGAAUGACUCCUUGAUGAUUGCAUCUUGGUUAAGUGACAGGCGUGGUCCAGUCCGCUACAAGUUUGAAGUAUUGUAUCCUCUUGAUCAAGUUCUACCUGUAAAUAUUAAAGAUCGAGGUAAUACCAAAAAUGCUUUUAAGGUCCUUAUCUUUCCUGAUACACGAGUCUUUAUGGCACCAACUGCAAAGUCUAAGCAAGAUUGGCUUGAUGAAAUAGAACGCACUAAGGCUAACAAAGUAACAGUUGAUAAGCAAAAAGUUGAACGUGCCCACAUACACCAGAAGGAACGACAGCAGUCUCUUAGUAAAGAGGAUUCCAUAGAUAGUAAUAAUCCUUUUGCUGAAGAAGAUGACAGCCUCAAUCCUUUUCAAGAAUCACAGCCACCUUCCAUUGGACCUCCUGAAUGGGUGUUAGAAUUACCUGAAGAGCUGGAUCAAGCCAUUGCUCAGCGUAACUUUGAAGAUGCAGUGAGCCUCAUAGAUAAUGGCCGUGAAUAUUUUGAUAUGGCUCCCAAAACGCCAGCAUUUAGUGAGAUGAGACGUGCUCUUGAAGGUAGAGUACGAGGUUUAGUAGAGGUGCUGCAGGCAGAGUUGAGAGUGACCCCAGAAAAGUCUCUUCAAGGUGGCCCUCGUGCUGCACGCCGAGCCACAACAUUACUUGUUCAUCUUAACAAGUCAAGUCAGGCUUGUGAAUUGUUUUUGGGACACAGAGGAGCCAUCUUAAAGGCAGGUCUUAAACGCUUGAGGUUGGAAGGGAAGACAGUUUUGUAUGUUCGGCAGCUAUGUUCAAUUUUCUUUCACAAUAUGCUGGAGACUGGACGAGAAUUCACUAAAGCUUUCCCAUCUAAUCGCAGUUGCACCUCAGCAUUUGUGGUUUGGGCUCACAAUGAAAUAAGCAACUUUGCAUCCAUGUUCUCCCGGCAUGUAUUUACUACUCAGUCUUCCAUCACUACUGUUGCGGAAUGUAUCAGUCAAGCUGACCAUCACUGUCAACAGUUGGCAGACAUAGGGUUAGACCUGACAUUUGCUCUUCACACACUAUUGCUGCGAGAUGUUGAGAAGUGGAUUCGCGAUGGCCGAGACAAAAUGAUAGAGGCUGUCAAACUAAGAGGACAAGAAGACACCUGGAAGACACUGAAGUUUGAGAACAAGGACCAGCUCAAUAAAUUCAUUGAGGAUAUGAAUGAUAUUGGAAUAGCCAAUAUUCAGGCAUAUGUCAUGGAUGAGUUGUGUGUUGGGUUAACAAACAAUAGCAUUCAGUUUAGCAGGGCUUUCCUUGGUUAUCUGGAAGAUGUCUUAAGACUGUAUUGGCCAGAAACUGAACAUCUUAUCAAUGGGUCCCUGACUGCUCUCUUCUCUGCUCAGCUUCGGCACUGCAAGUCUUCCUUAGUUGAACCUCUAUUUAAAAAUGAGAUUACUACAAUUCGAAGAAAUAGUGCCUUCCUUCUUGAUGUGGUUCUGACUUUAGGGGAGCACCGUUAUGCAGAGGCUGUAGGACGUGCUCAUCCUAGCCUUCCAAAUCUACACUCCCAUCAUGCUGCCCUCACUGGAGAUGCUAUCAGUGCACCCACAAUUAAUAAAUAUGAAUCAAAAUUCAUCUAAUUUAGGGUAUACUCUAUAUAUACAAUAAUAUAAUAGAUGCCUUCAAUGAAAUGCUAUUUUCUCUUGUGUACAUUAUGUAUAGUACUUUGCACUGCAUUUGAAGGAAAUUAAGGAUAUAGUAUAUAUAUUUUUUAAUUUAUUUUGUCAGUUACUGUUUGGAUUGGGUCACCACAACACACAUACCCGUACUUAAAAAAAUAGAAAUAAAUACACUACUUAUAAAGCUUUUUGAAUUAAUUUAAUUAAGGGGUUUGGCAGUAAUUUAGUUGUGAUGAUUUUCUAAAAAUUACCAGUUAUUUUGAAAAAACUGGAAUUAAAUUAGUAUAUACAUGACAUGACAACUUUCAGAAAUCACUUAAAAAAUUAAACAAUUACAGUAUGUAUUAAAAUACAUAACCUUGCUAGUACAAUGGUUUGUUUAUUCUUUGUGAGGCUUACAGUGCUUGUUAUUAAAGUACAGUAUGCCGUUGGAAGGUGCCUGUCAUAUUUUAAUGUCCAAAAUAAUACCCUACCCUGAUAGGUGCUUCAGGGAGACAAAAAUAUUAUGCUGGUUUGGUAACUUAUAGGGGUAUGUUUCAGGAUUCCCUAAACACCUUCUAGGCUUGUCUGAUGGAUGGACUUGGGUCAGUUGUCCCCCUGUGCCAUGUGCUCUUGAGUGCCAAGUUUACCCAAAAUAUUCGGCUAUUGACGAAUUAAUAUGGGGAGGAGUUUGUCGCUGACUGGGACAGUUGUACAGAUCAUUGGAUUACAUAAGGCAGGCCAUCAAAUGAAGGAAAUAGUAGAAGCCAUCAGUGUGUGCGAGUGUUCAGUGAGGCCAUAAUUCUGUCGGUUGUUUGAAGAUAAUGAUGAUGACAUGCCACACACCAAAGGCUACAAAAACAUCCAUACGUAUGUUAACUGUAAUAAUGUAUAGUACUUAGAAAUGCUCUGUGAUCAUUUGCCUGAAUCUUUCACUCAGUGUGGUACCAAGAUUAUGUGCAAGACAGUGCUCCUUGUCACACUAUGAAACCUGUUAGUGGCUUUGAUGACUGGCCAGGAAAUUCCCCAGACUUAAACCCCCAUUGAGAACCUCUGGGCUGUGACAGAGAGAGGUCUACUAGGAGAAGGUUAUCAACCCACCCCCUCAGUUGGAGGAUGUCAACUGGUAGUCAUGGGGUGGUAAUGAAGAAUGUGUGUUAAUCAUUUCCUAGACAAUUAAAGAAUGUCCUCAAGUACAGGGGAUGAUCAAUGUUGUGGUCAUGGUUUGAUAGGGCCGGUAUACUUUAACCCUUUCAGGGUCCAUGCCGUAGAUCUACGGCUUUACGUUCAGGGUCCAAACCGUAGAUCUACGCCAUGAGCUCAGCUCAUUCUGAUAAGCUGUGAGUGGUAAAGUUGGGCCUAGAUAUGAGAGAAUACAUCUAUGUGGUAUGUGUGCACCACAUAAAACAAAUCCUGCAGCACACAGUGUAUAAUGAGAGAAAAAAACUGAGACCGUGUUUUUCGAUUAAAACAGCGACUUUGCAGUGUUUUUUCAUAUGUUUUUUAUAGUUGUAUUUACGAUUUCUUGGUCUCAUUUGAUAGAAUGGAAGACAUAUUACAGAAAUAGAGAUGAUUUUGAUUGGUUUUAGCACUGGAAAUGGCUUGAAACUGAGCUCAAAGUAGCGGAAAUGUUAAAUUUUUGCCGAUGUUCAAGAGUAAACAAACGACCACACAUGUCUAAUACACGCCUGCUGGUGGGUCAGAUAUACAUUCACAAAUGUGAUAAUGAUAUUUAUACAGUUAUUACAAUAUUGCAUUAGUAAAUCUAUUUUUUGGUUUGAAUAAAACUUCAUUAUGUGAAUAAAAAAUCAAAAUGGAAUUCAUUUGUAAAGCCUCAAAACGUAACUAAUGAACAGAGGAAAUGUUAGUUUAGUGCCAGGAAUACCUACAUUGUUUAUUCUGGACCCUAUUUUGAAAUUGGAAUAUUUUGAACUUUGUGUUAAAUUGGCCAAAUUACCAAUUUCCGAUCACUUUAUUUUGUAGUUGAAAUAGUUGACUUGGCAAUUUCUUGUGCUCAGUCGAUAGAAUGGAAGUAAUACUAGUGAAAUAGCUAAGAAUUUGGUCGACUGGAAUAAUGUAAUUGGCCUAAAAUGGGAGUCAAAGUCGGCAAAAUCGCCGAUUCAUAAAUAUCACUGACACAUCAAAAUUUGCGAGAGCAUAAUUUUGUCAAUUUUUCAUCAAAUUUCGUACUUUUUCGUUUAUUACUUUCAGAAAAAGAUUCUCUACCAUUUCAUAAAAAAAAAUAACAUUUUUUUUUUUAAUUCUUGGACCCUGGUGUGCACUUUGAAAUUUGGCCUCUGGACCCUGAAAGGGUUAAUGAUGAGCACAUGUACAGAUCCUGCAACAUUAUUUGUCACUGUGCACUAUAUACCACAUUGGGGCAGUUUAAAUUUUAUUGGUAUUUUUCUUCAGUUGCAGCAUUUUUUGUAUAAUCUGUUAUAUUUUCAGUAACAUACACUUCCACAGUGUACACAAAUAUCACAGUUCAAAUGACCCACCAAAUCAUGACCUCCCCAUUCAUAACUGAAUGCAUCCACUGUAUUUCCACCUUCAGAACUCAAGUUUGGCAAAAUGUUUUUAUAUGAGUUCUUUCAUAGAUGUCAUCUUUUUCAGUUUUAUACUUUGUUGCAAUAGAGUAUACUGUAGAGAUAUUUUUUAUUUGACUAAUCACUUCUCUUUUUAAAUUCACUAGCCCUCUUCCACUAAGGUUGAGUGACACCCCCCCCCCCCCCAAAAAAAAAAAAAAAAAAAAAAAAAGAAUUGCACAGAUGUUACAAUUCAAAUGACCCUCAGAAUUGUAACUUUCCUACUCCUUGUCUAGAGUGCAAUCAAUGAACUUCUCAUGUCCAUGUUUCAAAAUUGGUUAGCCUGGAAUUAGAAGAUAUGGUGCCUGCACUUUGAAGGAGGAAUGGAGAUGUUGCAGUUUGGAGGAUCGAAUUAUGAUGUCUGCUCACUUCUGGUAAGUCAGUAAUUGUAUGAAUGAUAAUAAGUUUCCUUCUUUUCGGAUUACCUUACCUUGGUAGAAAAUGGCUGGUACAUUAAACAAUAAGUAAAAAUCAGUGACUAGUUAGAUUAAAAAAAUCUUUACAGUAUACUCUGUAAAAUAAAAAUGAGUCUGUAACUUCUGAAGGAAUUCAGAGAAAACUAGUUUGAAAGACUUAAAUUGUGGAGGUGAAAAAACGGUGGUGCACUUAAUUAUGUAUGGGGAGGUUGUGAUUCAGCGAGUCAAUUGAACUGAUUAUGUGUGUACUUUUGGGAAGACAUACCAUGAGCGAUGGUGAAUGUGUUUUCUUCUUUAGGUCACCCAUCUUGUUGGGAAAUGGCUUAUGUGUAAAGGAAGGAAGUUGAAAGAACAUAGAUAAGAGUAAGGUGGUGAGGGUAUCUUAACAAGUUAGGUUAGGAAAAAGUGGAUAUCAGAUUGGAGGGAGGGAUUUUGGAAGAAGUGAAUGUGUUCAGAUAUUUGGGAGCGGAUGUGCCCUUUCAUCAAUUUACAACUGUAGAAUUGAUGAAGGGGUAAAAGGUAGGUGGUGUGCUGGGGUAUCUUUGGAGACAAAGAAUAUUAUCCAUGGAGGCAAAGAAGGGAAUGUAUAAGAUUAUAGUGAUACCAGCACUCUUAUAUGGGUAUGAAUGUUGCAAAGAGGAGGCUAGAGGCAGUGGAGAUGAUGUGUCUAAGGGCAAUGUGUAGUGUAAACAUUAUUUGGAGAAUUCAUAGUGUAGAAAUUAAGAGGAGGUGUGCAGGUACUAAAAGUAUUAUUCAGAGGGCUAAGGAGGGCUUGUUGAAGUGGUUUGGUCAUUUAGAGAGGAUGGAACAAAAUAGGAUGACUUUGAAGGUGUAUAAAUCUGUAGUGGAGGGAAGGAGGGGUUAGGGUCAUCCUAGGUAAGGAUGGAGAGAGGAGGUAAAGGAGGUUUUGUGUGCAAGGGGCUUGGACAUACAGCAGGCAUGUGUGAAUGUGCUAGAUAGGAGUGAGUGGAGACGAAUGGUUUUUGGGUCUUGACAAGCUGUUGGAGUGUGAGCAGGGUAAUAUUUUGUGAAGGGAUUCAGGGAAAUUGGUUAGCUGGACUUGAGUCCUGGAGGUGGGAAGUACAAUGCCUGCACUCUAGAGGAGGGUUUGGGAUAUCUACUGUUUUAGAGUGACAUCUAGUCUGUUGUAUCUGCACGCUUCUGGCAAAACAGUGAAAGUGUGAAUGAUGGUGAAAGUGUUUCUUUUUUUUGGAUCACCCUGCACCACUGGGAGACAGCCAGAUGUUAAAAAAAAAAAUAACCCCUUUACUGUCAAUCACAUAGAUCUAUGUCAGUAGAUCAUAGUGCCCCCAAAUUUCCUGGGAGCAGCAAAUUUUGGCCUAGACAUGAGAGAAUGGAUCUGUGCAGUGGGUAUGAGCAUCAUAAAAAAAAUUCUGCCCUGUUCAGUGCAUGAUGGGAACAGCUAACUUCUAACCCUGUGUUUAGGUCAGAAAUAGUGAUUUUUUUUUUUUUUGGUGGUUUUUAUGUUUUAUUGGUUGGUUCUUGAUGUCAGAUAGAUCAAAAAAAAUGUACUAGUAGUAUGGAGAAGACUUUGGUUGGUUUCAGAUGAAGUGGCUUGAACCUCAAAGUGGCAGAAAUGGUCGAUUUUUAGCAAUUUUCCUAGAGAAGGGCAGGGAAGGACCCUCUUGUGAAAGCUUUAAGAAUGCUUAUUCUUAGUUAUAUUAACUGAAAAAGAGGGAAAAAUGUUGAAUAUUUGUGUCAACGGAUUCAAAAUGAAGGUCAAGUGUUGUACAGGAGAGGCCUGGAGCUAUGGUUAUGGUUUGUCCAAAACAAACACUGUAGGCUGGAUUGCCUACAGUGCUUGUUUUGGACUGUAUUUAAAUUGGAAUGCAUUGAAAAUAGUGUAGAAUUGGCCUAAUCAUUGACUCUUGAGUGCUUAAUAGGGUAGUUUGGAUGAUUGAAUAGCUGGGAAUUGGGCUGAUUUGAGCAGUGAAAUAGGCCUAAAAGAGGCCUCACACUGGGCAAAAUUGCUGUUAUGUAAAGUGCUCUCCAACCUCCAACUUUACACCUGUGUAAUUAAAUAAGUAUUAUUCUUCUAUUUUUUUUCCAAAAUAGCAACAGAAGGGGCUUUUAGUUUGUGGGAUGUCAGCAGUGAAAGUAUUCACAAAUAUAUAGUAGUACAUAAAAUUAAGGGAUUCACAUUGCACAUUUGUAAUUGAAAAAAAAUGUGCACUAAUUUUUUUGAAAUAUUUUUCUAAAAUUUUCAGUUUUAACUUCUUGGUCCAAAUUCAACAGCCUGAGCUUCGCUUAGUAUAAUAGAUUUUUGAACUAUGUUAAGAUAUAUAAUUUUUUUUAUACUGUUGCUCAGUGUUUAUGAGUGUACCUAAAAGAUAAAUCUACAAUAUUAUAUGAUAUAAUCUUGGAGUUUUGUACAGUUCAAGAGAGUAACGGAAAAUAAGUGAAAACUUUUUUUUGUAAUACAUCUGCAAGUUUUUUUUUUUUUUUUUUAACCUUCAGAUAUUUUACUCAAGUAAACACUAGACAAUAAGUCAGUCAUUAGUCUUGGAUUAAUUUCAAACUAAUUUGUACUGCUUCCUUAUCAUAUGAUAUAUUAAUUGCAGAUGAAAGUUGUUUUUAUUUAUGAAUUCAUGAUUAAACUUUGUCUUAGGUUUAGUACUCCUCAAGAACAAUUAUAACUGUGUUAAAAUUUGCAAAUUCAUUGACUGUAUAACAAUAGCAUUAAUAUCUAGGGAUCAUUAAAAGUAUUUUGCAAACUUGACCACAAAAUGUUUAUAAAUUUGAAUUCCUUGAUUUUUAACUGCCUUUAUAUGUAAUCAAAGAGGAUUUCUUUCUCACUUACUGGUUCUGUUUUUUAACUUUAGCAUUUUAUGUGAAUUCCUAUUAAUGUUUUGCAAAUUAAUCAUUGUUAUCAUGCCUUGGCUUAUUUCAGAGCCUGGUAUUAGCAAUAGCUUUAUAAUUAGUUAAUGUAUAGGUAUCUGGUAUACAGUACUUUAUUUAAUAUUAAGUAGCAUCCAUAUUAGUUACAGGAUAAAGUUGGAGCUAUUUGUGAGCCUCACUAAUGAUUUGAUUAUUCGAGUUGAUUCCUUGUGUUUUUGUUGUAAAAAAUUUUCUUAAUGUGAGUUGAAGAAUGAAUAAUUGCUGAUUAGGGAUGUUCUUGAGGAAGGUACAACUAGUGAAAUUGCUGAUGGCUGCCCAUCAUGUGGAAAAGCUGUCUUAAAAUUUUGGUCUAGUUGAGGAACCCUAACAACAAUGAUCUAUGUAAGAUUAAGGCCACCAAAAUCUCUCCAGUGUUUAAGGCUCUGUAGAAGUAACAGGCCAGAUGUACACUUGUGAUUAGCUGUCUUACAUGUUUUACCUUGUCUAGACAUUAGAUAAGAUGGUGGCAGGUUUACAAGACAGCAGUGCAUGAUCAAGGUGAGCUGUAUGAACUGUACAGGUUGAGAAUUUGUUUUUUGAAUAUAAUAAAAAAAAAUUAACAUAUUGGCUGUCUCUCACCGAGGCAGGGUGAAAGAAGAAACAAAAGUUUUUCUUCUUUUUACAUUUAGUAACUUAUACAGGAGAAGGGGUUACAAGCCCCUUGCUCCCGGCAUUUUAGUCACCUCUUACAACACACAUGGCUUACUGGGAAAGAAUUCUUCUCCACUUCCCCAUGGAGGAAUAAUAAUAAUAAUACUGCCAAAGGUGAGAGCAAAAUUUUAUCAAGCAUAGUUUGCAGCCACUACUGUUAAGUAGAAAAGGCACCUUAAUGUUACAAGUACGUAUUUCUCUGCCUUGUUUGUACAGUUCAGUAAAGGGGGUUUCCUGGUAAUCAGAGUCAGAGUUCAGCCUGAAGCCUAAAACCACCUAACUGACAACUAAGUCUACAGUUCAUUUUCACACAUUAGGACCAUCAUUUAUAUUAUAUAAUCUUCAGAGUAAAGUCAUUUGUUUUUUCUGUGGCAAUUGUCAUUUGAUAUUGUAUAUCCCAGGUACUAGUAUGCUGUAUAUAACUGUGUUGCAUAGUCAUGUUCAGUUAUGUUCAUAUUUUUAUAUACCUCUUCAAAACUCAACAGUGAGGGAAAUUAAAAACUUGUUACACUUCCAAAUUUAUUUCAUCAACCACAGACUACUCUUGUUUAGUCUCUGUGAAUCGUCAGAGCAUGAAUUCCAUUGCAAAAAAGUUAAACAUUUAAAUUUUUACACACACGGCAUUCAUGUAUGUGGUGAUGAGCAGAUGAUCAGUAGUUCCUAUUUUCAGUACUGUCAUGGACAAGUACAUCUGGGAGGAGAUUAAAGGGACAUCUCCCACUUAAAUAUAGUGCCUGGGAGGGGU